GGUGGGAAGUUUAGUGUGAACUCAACUGUAAUAUUCAAACUUCCUAGUCAUGUUUAAGCAGUAAAGUUAAACGGAAGGUGAAAUGAAUAUCAAUAUUUUUGUUAUAUUUGCUGUGAUUAUAGCAGUCAAGGCAUGGCCAUGUGUAUCACCAAUCAGGAAAGUAUUCAGUCGUGUCAACACCGAUGCUGUUCUUCAAUUCUCUGCUGACCUUACAAAUCUGAAUUCACCUAUACAGUUUGACGUCAGGUUUUUUGACAAUAGUUUUAAGGCUAGAAUAACAUACUAUCCAGACAGGAGUCCUACAACUGAUGUAUUACCAGGUCUCAACAUAACUGGUGAUACAGAUGGCACUGUAGUUGUAACACUACCUAAUAUCCAAGAAAAUGAUACAGGCUUUUAUAUAUUGACAAGUCCAGGGACAUCUUUAAAAUGCAACAGUUUAUACAUGUUAGGUAGGGGUAUCCCUAAGAAGCCAACGGUGACAGUGAAUAAAACACCAUCUGUAGGAGAAAGUGCAAUAUUAACAUGUAGUAGCACAUCAACUACCACACCCAGCUAUCACAGCCUCAGUUUGAAAUACUCAUGGCGAGUUAACAAUAUAGAGAAUCCGACUAGUACGAAAUAUUCAUACACACCUAGUAAGGAUAAACUAACUGUAUCAAACAUUUUGAAGGAAGAUGCAAAUAAACAGUUUACAUGUACAGCUUCAGAAGAUGUCACUGAUGGAUACACAUCAAACAUCAGUGAACUAUUCUCAUUUGACGUGCAUUAUGGUCCAGAUUUGGUCAGUGUUAACGUAACAUCACCAUAUGUUUUAACAGAAGGAGAGAUAAUGUCAAUAGAAUGUACAGCAGAUUGUUAUCCUGGUUGCACCUAUACAUGGAUUAAUGUUACAAGUGGUGAAGUAAUAAAUUCUAACGAUGAAACAUUAUAUAUUGAAUCAGUCGACAAGUAUAUGACAGGAGAUUACCAAUGCAAAGCUGAAAACACCGGCUUCCCGUACUCCAAAUCUGCUGAUGUUAUUGUUAGUGUCAAUAUAAAAGAUUUACAUAGUAUUUGUUCGGAAGUCAGCAAAGAAGGAAGUAAUUGUGGUAGUAUAGUGGCAAUUGCUAUAGUCUGUGGAGUCCUCACUGUAAUUGUAACAACUUAUGCUGCAUCAAUUACAAUUUUAUGGAAACGAAAUGUCUCAAUCAAUAAGAAUAGAAGAACAACAGUUACUAAGACAGACAAAGACAGUGUGAUCGGCUCAACUCAACAACAACACUAUGCCAAUGUAGCGUACACAACAAACGACCAGGACAUACAAGGACAAGUUUUGGGUACAGACGACUCAAGCAAGACACAAUAUACAGAUCUGGAUGACUUUUCUCGUGAAAAGAGAGACAAUUUGUAUGACGCAAUAAAGAGAGACUAAAAAACAAACAAGAUAAAUGUUUCAUUCUCUCAUGCUUGAAUAUAGAGAUGUUUAAAUGACAAUCUGAUGCUUUUCGAAUGAGACUGCUUUUAAUAUUGUUUAAAGAUUUGAACAAACGGGAAAUUGUAUUCCUUUUAGGAAAUCUUAAGGUACAAUACGAUACCGCAUAUAUGUUAAUCAUUUGUAUUUGAUUAUCAUUUGCUAAAACCAUCCACUGGUAAUGACCAUCCUUGACACGUAAUCUUAUAACUAUAGGCUAAAGCGUUUAUUUAUUGUAAUUUGCCGAAAAAUCUUAAAGUGGUAAAGACCAUAUAAUCUUAUGACCAUACCACAAGUAUUAUAAUUUGAAAAUCUGUUUAGAUUAUAUUUUAUAAUUCA